CACGUCUUGGAGGAUCUUGGUAUAACCAUCUUGAAAGAUCUUCCAGAGUGCAUUCGGCAUUACCCGCAAUUAGUUCCUUCUUUCGUUAAUCCGGCAAGUCCAAAGGGGGUACUUCAGGCCAUAGGAGUCAUUUUUAAAAGUCCCCAGAGAAAGGACGACCUAUUACAGAAGAUGAGAGGACUACCUGCUGACAAGAUUCGUUCAUUCAGAACAUUUCUKUCAAGUUUMUCGAGUCUAAMACCGAAUGAAACAUUUUUACUACGACAACUACCCUUGUUUGAAACAUAUGUUGGUUGUGGAGAGARACUGUCGCGUUUCGUGUCACUAGAGGAAGUGAAUAUUGGAGCUCCAGUCGAUGAUUUGCCAGCUGUGUCUGUAUUCACCGACUUACUGGACCUGAGAGAUCGCAGCAGCCGAGCUCUUGCUCAAUUGCUCAACACUUUSCAAAUGACACUCAUUGAUUUAUUGAAGACAUUGUUGGACGAUGCUUUGCGUAACAACUAUGCUCAAAGGGAGGUUGACGUGCUGGCCAAGUACACCCUUGAACGGUUUGGUAGUCUUCAUGGGGAGGAAUUAAGGUGCAUCAAACAAAAGCUACAGUGUUUGUCAUUUGUUGUGUCUAGUGGCAACUCGAGGAAGAAGCCCACCGAACUGUUUAAUCCUGAAGAUGAUCUUCUUACAAAAAUUUUCCUGGGUGAAGAGGUAUUUCCGRAAACGUCGUAUUACUCACAACCUGAAGUUAAUGCYCAUUUGAAGAAUUUGGGUAUGAAAGRCCAAGAAAAGAUCACUCCAUGUGAUGUUUUGAACAGUGCUAAUAUGAUAAAUAACAUCCAAAAUAUUGACAAAGCAAGAAUCAAAUCCUUAGGCCUUCUWCAACUGCUAGAAAAGAAUCCUCUUCUUCUUCAGGCAGCUGGUAAUGGCCUACGUUCCACGAUUUGGGUUCCAGUCUUGAGGACGAAACCAAAUACUUAUUCCACUCAUCUCCCUCUGAAAGGUGUAGAGAAUGCCGGGAUUUUUUCUUGCCCCAAAGAUAUGACAUCACAUGAUUUCAUAAACGUUAUUGGUAGCGUCAAACUCCUGGUAAAUAUGCCUAGAGAGUCAAACGUCUCGACAUACUUUGGAUGGCACCAAAAUCCAUGCACGACAGAUGUUCUCAAGCAUCUUAAAAAUGUAGUGUUUUCUUACCACSUUGAAGACAAAAGCAAUUUUAUUGGUGCUGUUAGAGAAAUUUAUGGAUACCUUAGCAAUAUACGGGCCACAGAUGUUAUCGAUGGGAUGAGAGAACUACAGCUGGCAGAGUGGGUAUGGAAUGGCGAGGGGUUCUGCACUUUAUCAGAUGUUGUUUUAGAGAAUUGUUGGAUUAAUUUGGCACCAUACGUCCGUGUUCUACCAUCAGARACGAGAGAAUUUAGMCYGAUCUUUACAAGRUGUGGGAUGAAACAAAGUUGCGAUGCAGAUUUGCUGCUCAACGUGCUGCUCAAAAUCAGAGAAAAGCAUGAAUCACCACGCACCACAGACCUGUCAGUGGAUGUUAAGCGUGAUUUGCAACUCGCCAUUGACAUCCUAAACGAGCUUAAACCUACAAAUGGACAGCCCUUUGAUACUGAUGUCAGAGAAAGGCUUCUAGUUCCUGUUCAUGUUGAGGAUGACGUGAGACUGGAAAUGAAACCAGUUGAAGAAUGUACCUACUGCGAUCGAGAAUGGCUCAAACAAGGACAUGAGUUCAGUGAUAUUGAUGACCAAGAUGAUGUAAAGAUCAGCUUUAUCCAUCAAAAUAUACCCGAUACUACUGCUGAGCUUUUAGGAGUCCCCACUCUAAUGAGUAGAAUACUUGGGGCAGAAGAGCUUGAACUGGGAGAAAGUUUCGGUCAGUCSGAGUCGCUGUUAGACAGGCUUCGUGGGCUGCUGGAUGGGUAUACUGACGGGUUGUCUGUGCCCAAAGAACUGAUACAGAACGCUGAUGAUGCAGGGGCCACUGAGGUACGAUUCUUGUACGAUGAGCGAACAAACGAGGAUUGCAUGACACGCUUGAUAGACGAAGGAAUGAAAGAAUGUCAAGGUCCCGCCCUGUGGGCUUACAACGAUGCCGUAUUCUCGGAUGAAGAUUUCCAGAACAUCGUCAAACUCAACGCAUUAAAAAGUGGAAUCAAGAAUCUUCACUACGAUGGGAACCAGGUAAAAGAGUUGCUGGGAAUUCUUUUCCAUGGAGCAGAAUCUUUGUUACUGUUCACUCAGAAUGUACUUCAAGUUGCUGUGUACCACUUGAGAAAUGAGAGCACAGAAUCUCCACAGCCAGUCGAGUUAUUUCGUAUCUCAAAGUCAUGCAGCAGGGUAGUGCACCAACUCCAAAAUGAAGUUUCAUUGUCAAACUCUGUGCAGCAGUUGCCAAGUGAAGAACAAGAGUUUGUGAAGCAAAGCAGUGUUUUGAAAGUAUCCUCGUCUUUUAUGGAAAACCAAAUGAAUCAAAACUUCAGUUCUCCGAGUAGAGUGUUAAUGAAGUCUUCCAUGAUACUUAACUGUCAGUGUGCCUUAUCAGAUCAGGGUAAAGAGUAUUUAGCUGCUUUUGCUGCCUCAGRAGGGRCUCAAGUUUCAUGGCUGGUUACGUCUUGUAUGGUAAAAGGAGAAGCUUUGGAAAUGGCAUCAAGGAACAAAGGCUUACUUCCUACAGCAGGAGUAGCAGCGAAGCUUACAGAAGUGCACGCAGGAAACUAUGUGCCUGUUCCAAUAACUAAGCCUGUCGACCAUGGGGGUAAUUACGAGAAUAAUGGUAGUGUGUUUUGCUUCCUUCCAUUACCCAUCCACAGUGGUCUUCCAGUCCAUAUCAACGGUUGCUUUGCUGUCAGUGACAACAGACGUUAUCUACGUGAAAGAACAGAAGAAGACAAGACAGACCAAGGUGCRGUAUGGAACGAUGUUCUUAUGAGGGAAGUWGUYUGUCAGACAUACAUCAGCAUGCUGGAUGACAUGAAAGACUUGUCAUCGAGCAAUGGAUACAUAUUUCAUUCGUUGUGGCCAAGAUGCUCURAUGUACAAACAAACUGCCAUGGGAUCGCUUCCCGAUUCUACAGUUCAUUAUUUUAUGAACAUCCAGAGCUGUUUUCAGAUGGUCAUGAAUGGACCAGUAUGCAGAAUGUCGUGUUUUUGGAGCCUGCAUUUAGAAGGGUGCAACCGAUUGGGCAGGUCGCAUUUGACCUAUUCAAGACCAGUUUGGAAGGUACAAAUACCAUUGUAGUUGACCUGCCUGAAGAUAUAUCGAGAUCCUUUGAAAGAUAUGAACUACAAAAUGGGAUACAAAAGAUGUGUUACAACAAAGAACGUUUUUUCAGUGAAGUGUUCUUUCCCUACAUUGAUUCAAUAGGCGCAGAUUCAAGAAACGAACUCGUUCUCUACGCUCUUGACGACACUUCAGAGGUACUGAGGAAACUUGUUGGAAGCCAUCGUUGUAUUCCUUCUUCACCAUUAGGGCGUCAACUAAAGUACCCUAAAGAACUUCUUCAUCACCGUGGCAAAGCGGCGCAACUGUUCAGCCCUGAAGACGGGAGAUUUCCUUAUGGGGAUAAGUUUACUUCGGAGGAACGUUUAGUGACGUUAAAGAGAUUAGGUAUGCGAGAUAAUGACCUUGAGUGGGACGAAGUAAUAGAAAGAGCCGAGAGCGUCAAAAGUCUUGUUCACUACCAUCAAGCUUUGGAAAGAACGAAGCUGAUUCUUGUCUUCAUUGAUAGGAAACUGGAUAACGAUCAUAAGGUUGACAAUGAUGUUCAGACGAGACUGCAACGAGUUCAGUUCCUUCCGAUAAUGAAAAAACCAGAAGCCUUUCCUUUCAAAUGGAGGGGAGACGAAUAUCAAAUCAACACUUUUCUAUCUGCAGCAGAACUUUACCCGAGAGAGGUGAAGUAUUUGGCCAGUGUGUGUGUACCGAUCCUGGAUGACUCUAAAAGUGGAUGUGGCCACCUUAACCGGAAAGUUGGAAAUAUUUUGUCCAUGACUAAUAAGACAGCUUCUCUUGAUCAAGUCAAGAUGCAGCUGAAAAGUGCAGUAGCAGCGGACGAAGCUUUUCGAAACACCAACAGCUUCGAUGAACUCAAGAAAGGUUUAGAGAAAAUGUAUGACUACCUUCAAUGCAGUCCCAGGGAAGUAAAGGAAGACAUCGUGGACUUCCUACAACCACUUGAGUUCAUUCUCGUCGAGAAGCACUUUCUUUCAUGUGAACAAGUUGCAUUUUCUUCAGAAAUCCAAUUUCCGCCAUAUCUAUGCCCAAUGACUGAAAGCUAUCUGAAAUUUCGUGAAUUGUUUAUGCUCGCUGGGGUUCGAGAAUCGUUUGAGGCCCAUGAUUACAUCAAGACACUUCAAAAGGUGAAACAUAAACAUGAAGAGAAUCCAGUUACAAAAGUAGAGCGCGAUAAGGUGGUAACUGUUUCAAAAUUGCUGGCAGCUGACAUGAAAAAGAAGGGUCCGGAGGUCAAAGCAGUUGAAGCGGUAGAGAAGAAUGGAACUAUUUUCCUACCUGAUUCAAAAGGAAUUAUGAAACCGUCAACAGAUGUAUGUGUGAAAGACUGCCAUUGGAUGCCCGACGAGGAAGGAGUCCUUUAUGGACAUGAAGAUAUACCACCAAAGGAUUGCAUCACACUCGGAGCGAAGACAAGAAGACAGGAAACACUUAGCAAGCACACAUUUGGCAUUCCAUUUGGACAGAAAGAGAAGCUUACCAAUAGGCUUAAGCGGAUACUAGACGGAUAUCCAGGCGAUGAAUCAAUCAUGAAAGAACUUCUCCAGAAUGCAGACGAUGCUAAGGCCAAAAAAGUCUGUUUUAUCAAUGAUCCUCGGCAACAUCCAGAUGAGAGAGUCUUUGAAGAGUGCUGGAAGCCCCUCCAAGGGCCUGCCUUGUGCGUUUACAACGACGCACCAUUUACAAAGAGUGACGUCGAGGGAAUACAAAAACUUGGCGAAGGAAGUAAAGGCGACGAUCCAAACAAAACUGGUCAGUAUGGUGUGGGAUUCAAUGCAGUGUAUCAUCUGACCGAUGCGCCAACUUUUGUUUCUCAAGGAGAAGAGAUUGGGGAAGUAAUGUGCGUGUUUGACCCGAAUCUGAAGUUCGCCCCUGGUGCAGAUGAGUCAAACCCAGGAAUUAUGUAUAAAGAUCUUCCUGCACUGAGAGAAAGGUUUACUGAUGUAUUUCCUUGCUACAAUCUUGGCAAAUGCUUCCCUUUAACAAAUGCCACAAUGUUCCGGUUCCCGCUUCGAAAUGAAGACAUGGCUACCACGUCCAAGAUAAGUAGCAAGGCGAUGACAGUCCAAAAGUUGGAAGAUCUGCUGAAUGAUUUCAAGGAAGAGCUUCUUCAGGUUCUCCUAUUCGUUAACAACGUCGAGGAGAUUUCCAUUUAUAAAAUUGACCAGAAAAAUGGAAAGCUGAAUGAGUCUUACCGUGUUCAGUCGUCGCUGUCUUCAGACGACGAAAAGAAGCGAAAAGAAUUUGCUGAUCGUGUCAGUGAAAUUGGAAAACGUUUACAGAGUGGAGAAAUGUCUAUUGCCGAGAUUCCUGUGCAUCAAGUGUCCUAUGUCGUUAAGCUAGAAGACAGCAAAGGUUUGAAUCAAAAGUGGUUUGUUGUUCAGAAAAUUGGCUUUGAUCAAAAAGUGAAAAUUCCAGGCAAUAUUCAAGAAGCAUUUGAAAGAGGAGAUCUUGGUCUGUUACCACGUGGUGGAGUGGCAUCGUUGAUCAGUUCUUCAAAGGAUCACAAAGAUACUCAGGGAAAAGCCUUUUGUUUUCUUCCCCUUACUUUCAAAACCGGUCUUCCAGUUCACAUCAAUGGACAUUUUGCUCUAAACCACGAGGAUCGUAGAAAUCUCUGGCGAGAUAACAGACGUGAUGAUUACAGGAGUAACUGGAAUGAUGCAUUACUACGACAAGUGGUUGCACAAUGCUACGUAACCUUACUAGAUGAGGUGAGGCAGCAUAUAUCCUUGCCGAGAAACGCUGAUGGAAAGACAUUCAUUAAUGGUGACCGAAAUAAUGGAGAAUGUGUUCUUUCAAACUACUUCAAGUACUUUCCAUCGUUUGCUGUCAAAGAAGAGUAUUGGAAAACUCUGACAAGAGAAGUGUACCGCUACAUGAAUGCAGGAAGUUUGCGUCUUCUUCCAGUGCUACGCGAAGAAAGCUUUGAAGGAAAUCAACACCAAGAUAGUGUUUGUAUUGAGUGGUUGCCACCAACAGGACAUGGACGCGACCAAGCUUUCUUUGGUAGUUUAUUAGAUAAACUACCAUCAAACUACGAUUCACUUGACAAAGAACUGCAAUUCAAAGCUGUGAAAGACUCUAAGAGACUGAGAGACACUCUCCUCGCCUUGGGUAUCAAUUUGCUUUUUACACCGGAUGCUAUCGACGUUUACGACCGUUUUAUCACGGCAAGCGUGGAUGUGAGUCCCAUAACUCCAAGAGCUGUUAUUGAUUUCUUUUCAACUUACAACUCUUCUGAUCAAUUGUGUGACGUAGGAAAUCUGCCUUUGCCAAUUUCAAAGACCCCAUUCAGGAACAUGGGUAACUUGCUUAGGAUUCUAAAGUACUGCAAACAAGAUGAAGAUUUUUUCCAAAGAUUUGAUGGUCUUCCUCUACUGCUUACUCAAGAUGAACAUCUCCGAGUCUUCAGCCAAUCACACAAAGUCUUCCUUAGUGGCUACUGUGAAAUACUUCCUAGUUGUUCUUCAAUGUUUGUGCACCAAAAGCUUUUCAAUGAUGUGUUUUAUUGUAAUCGGGAAGGCAAACCGAAUGUGUCUCCAGUUUUCAAAGCAUUUGACAUCAAGGCUUUUGCAAAUCUUCUUCCAAAUGAAAUGGACGAGAACCAUUACAGAACGACGGGCAGUGCUGUGAUUUGGAAUCCAGAGAAUAAACACCACCAGAUUCCAGGCAAACAAUGGUUAUGGCAUGUGUGGAGGUUCUUUUCGAAUUAUAUCGAGAAAGAAAUCAAAAGUUACGAUGAUAAACAAAGCAGUACAAGGAAAUAUCCUGAGGAUUGUCUUGAGAAAAUAAAGUUGCAACAAGUCUAUAAACUGCAAGACAAAGAGGAAAGGAGGCGUAUUACACAAGAGGCGUUAGAAACUGUGAAAGAAUGGUGCCUUUUACCAGCAUUUGAAGCUAAGUCACGCGUACAGCCAGUCAGUGUCAAGCACAUUUGCUUUCCCAUAGGCAUGUCUAACGUCCGCACAGUCAGUGUCAAGCACAUCCUCCUCCCCAUAGGCAUGUCUAACACUGUGAUUGAUUUAGAAAGUUCAACCGGUUUUGAAUUAAAGGAAACAUUGAAGAAAAUUAUUCUUCCUCAACUAAACUGCGGCUUGAUCGAUGGUGAAUCUAGGUCUAGGUACAGUAUGGCACCUUCUAAAACGGCAAAACGACUUGUGGCAUCUCUUGAAGACCCAAAAUCAGUUCUUACUGUACUUUUGAAGAAAAUGAGUUUUGAUCCUAAGUCAUUUAAGGCCUUUGGCGCCUUUGAUUGUCUCCAUGUGCUAGGAUAUUUUAAUAAUCACCUUACCAAGUUGGAAUCCACGACUGCCGAAGAACUGGAAAGGUUGCCUCUUUACAAAACCAUUCACGAUAAAAUCAUCAGUAUCAGCGGAAAGCAAGCAUAUGUUCUCUCGUCAAGAAUUCCAAAGGACGACAUGCACAUAUGGCAAGAAAAGUCAGGAAUCGUUUUUCUCAAAGAGAGUAAGAGUUUGGACAAGCUGUAUGAAUUCCUUCAAUGUCACUCUAAAGAUGAGGUGAAUGUUUACUGUGACAUCAUCUUCGAGAAGUUUGAGGAUAUGAGCGAAGAAGCACGAAAAAAGCACGUGACAUUUGUCUGCGAGUUAUUGCAUGAGCUAGAACUGGCAAGUACUUCGAUUUCAAGGGAUGAGAAAAUAAAGAAAAAAGAAAAACUGGCAAAACUCAGUCAAGCGCUCUUCCAAAUGAAGUUUAUUACAGCACAAGAUGGGGCUUUAAAAACAGCAUCGUCCUUUUAUGAUCCAUCAAACAAAGUUUUUGUUGCAAUGUUUAAAAACAAUCAAGAGAUGUUUCCACCAGAACCGUUUUGUGAGGCUGAAUGGCUACCCUUUCUACGUCGGAUAGGACUCAUCUAUGAAGUUAGUGAUGCACAGUUCCUGAAAUUUGCCAAAGAAGUUGAAAUUGAAGCCAAAACAAGGCUAGGUGAUGGAACGAGAAAGAAAUCGGACGCUUUGAUAACUUACCUCUUCGAAUCUGAGAACAUUGCAACCAGCAAGCUACUGGAUGAUGUUAAGGAAAUAUGUUUCAUCUUUCCUUAUGUCGUCGAUCCUAGUCUGCAAGGCGUCCACGAGCAGUAUGGCACGGGGAAAACUGGUUCGCYGUGUAUUUGCUUUCAAGGCUCUGUAGCCUCCAAGAACCAAUAUAUUACCUGGACAACUGCUAACCUCUUACCAAGAGAUGUCAACCCAYUGUACUCUUACCAUCAUUUCAGUCCUAAAUACGAGGAAGGAAGUCAGUUAAAUGAAUAUCAGACUUACACAGAACAAGUUGCUCGACGACUAGGCAUUUUUCAAAAUCCAACUGUUGGUAUGGUAGUCGAUCACUGCAUAAAUAUCUUCAAUGUCUUUAACGCAAGAAACACUUCUGUAGGCGACGAGCAAACUACAAACAAAAAAAGUCUCGGAAAAACAAUGGAAAUAAUGUCAAAUAUUUACGAGUACCUACAAGAAAACUACAUUGGUAACGAACAUCUAAUAAGUAUCCUUCAGAAUAUUCGUUGUGUUGUAGUAAAGGAUGGCCAACAAUUCGUUUAUCCAAACCAAGUAGUCGUCGAAUUCACCUCAGACCAGGAAAUCCUUCCAUACUUGUACAAGAUUCCUUCAAAACUAACACCGUAUGUCAAAUUGUUUGAAAAUCUGGGAACAACCACUGUUGUUACUUGUGCACAGUAUGCAGAGGUUCUGAGAAGCAUACACGUGGAGWCUGCUAACCAAAAACUGGAUCCUAACCAGAUAUCCAAUACCUUUAAGGCAACCAAAGGCCUUUUUGASAYAAUUGCUAAAGACGACCAAGGAACACCCGCUGAAGGCUUAAAACUGUACUUGCCAGGAGUAAUGCGAAAUCCUGAUAACCAAGCCCAGAAUAUGGUGUUUUUGAGAAGAUCUACAGAUAUUUUGUACAAUGAUGCUCCUCAUUUUAAAGAAAGAAUUGAACAUUUCAACAACUUAAUCCUGGUCAAGCUCUCUGAAUGUGGAUURAACGUUSCUAAUGAUGACUUGUUGUUGAAAAAACUUYCUSAAUCCAUUCGUCCUCGUAUGCUUACGUCAGUGGUUCAUGAARCAUURAUGGACGGGGACSAGGMUGUUYCUUGUUCCAGUACAGCACAGGACCUCCGACAGGUUUUGAGAUCAAGUGARUUUUGUYAUGGAAUGAUACGCCUGAUCAAACAUGCUGACUWYAAUAGUGAUGUAGAGACCAGCACAGAUAUCCCUGCMUUGGUACAAGAAAGGUUGRGAUGCAUUCAUGUGUACAGCGUUCCUAACCUUCGGACGACGCUUGUGUACAAUGGUAGAGCAAUACCURGGAGUGAAGCARAYGUUUCUUGCUUCGAGGAAGAAACGGAAGAAGAGGGUGAAAAAGUGUGGAAGAUAURCAUCGAAAAGGAAGCUGAUCUUCCUAAGUACGUUUCAGUGGUGGCUGAAAUYAUAGAUAGAAUAACGGGACAUCUUCUGAAAACAAUGCUGGUUCAUCUUCCGACAUUGCUGUCCUCACAGCCCUGCGAAAUAAAGGAACUCUUGGAUGGACUUAAGAUUCGCGAGGACAACUCAGUGUUGAAAAUUGAAGCAACUUGUCUUCCUACACCUGGCAGCUUCAUUCAUAUUACAGACCAUCACUUGCUGGUGGAUGACUUCACAGUGUUCAGUCCUGGUGAGUACGUUGGUUAUGAGCUAGAUGAUCCAAGUCUUCGAGGAGAAGAUGGCACCCCAACCUACAUCUAUGCAAUUGUCAUC